AUGGAUAAUCCAAUGGCUACAGCAGAUGAGAAUAAGCCUCAUAUCGACAUGCAAUUUAAUUCAGAUCAAGAGGCUUAUGAUUUCUAUAACAGUUAUGGAGGAAGAUUGGAUUUUAGUGUCAGGAGAGAAUAUAUAAAUAAGAGCAAAAAAGAUAACACGACCAUAACUUCGAGGAGAUUCGCAUGUAAUAAACAUGGUAUUCGGAGAAAAGACAAGCGUGAUGUUGAUGUUAAUAGUCCUCGAGUGGAGACGAGAACAGAUUGUCCUGCUCACAUGGGCAUAAUGUUGGAAAAUGAGAAAUACCGAUGUCAUGAUUUUGUUGAAGACCAUAAUCAUGAGCUUUAG